CUUUUCUUUCUGAUUCUUGCCACAUCAAAUCAUGGUCAACUGUAUUACCAAAGAAGAUUUGCAACAGCAAGUCAAUGAUAUUAUUAUUAUUGAAGAUGACAGCAAGGUACUUCAGAUAGCCAAUUCUAUCACUGACCUUAUGUAUCAACUUUCGAAUAUGGAAGAUGCUUGGACUCUUUGUCAUGAUCUGGCCAAGUUUCUGGGAAACUGCGCACGUAACCCUUCGGUACGGAUUCCUUUGGGUGAAGCUGGUAUUAUUGAAGCAACUACUGCCCUAUUGAAAAAGAUACCUCAUCCCAUAGAAUUUGACAUACAAGCUCUACGUAUUUUAGGCAAUCUUUCUAUUGAUCGUGAUGAAAAUCGUAAACGCGUGCUAGAUUCUGGAGUGAUUGAUACAGUGAUGGCACUAUUUGGUGGAAAUGAUAACAUGUUGAACAUGAUGCUAGGUGGAUUCUGCAUAAACACUGCUAUGGAUUACGAACCUAUGAAGUUGGCAAUUAUUGAAAAGGGAGGAGUGCAGGCAUUAUGUGAUAUUGUUGGCAAUUUGGAUCUAGGUAACACUCAAGCCAUGGCCCUCAAGGCACUGGAUAAUCUGAUGGAUCAGGAAUCAGCAAGAGCGGCUUUUACAUCAAAUCCCAUUUAUUUGGACAACAUGUUGACUUUACUUACUCGCAUAUGGAAAUCAGAUCCUGAUAUGGAUCUGGAACAUGGUGGACAUUUGGCUGAUAUCAUAUUACAAGUGAUCAUGGAUGAUGAUCAGGCACAAAUACGUGUGUUUAACAGUGGUGCAAUUCCUGAUUUAAUAUCGUUUUUAGAGACCAAUUUGACUAUAGAGACCAAGUUGGAUUUGGAUGAGGAAGAUAAGGAAGAAUUGGAUAAAGUCAUGGAUCUCAAGCAAGCCAUCAGCAAGAUUGUAGUUUAUGCCACUUCACCAGAUGCGCUAAUUGGGGAAAUUUAUCAAGAUUCCAGUUUUAUGACAAAUCUCAUGAAUAUGAUAGCAAGUAAUUCAGAAUUACCUCAAAUGACAGCGGUGAAUAUCAUUGGCAAUCUCGCAAGAACAGAUGGAAAUUGCCUCGAUUUGGUUCAAACACAUCAUUUGGAAACCUUACUUGUAAACCUAUACAAACAAACAGAAAAUGCCAUCUUCCAAUGCACAAUUUUAGGAUGUUUGAAACAUAUAUGUGUUCCCAUUGGUAAUAGGACUGUUAUUGGUGAAGCUGGUGUGAUCGAAUUGGUGGCGCCAUUAUUGGACCCAAGCAAAGAUAUGGUGAAACGCAAUCAGUUCUUGGCCAUUGUCAUUUUAAAGUUACUAUGUACCAACCAUUUUUCAAACACAAAACGACUUUUGGAAGGCACUGGACAAGACAAACCGACUAUUUUGGAUGAUCUCAUUGCUUUUCUGGAUCGAGUGGACGAUAUCGCUGCCAAAAGUGAAACGACUCGUGUGUUUACUCAACUUGUGAAAUCAGUAUGGUCUCAACCUGAUCAAUAUGACUUACGACAACGAUUGUUACAAAAACCAAUUCUCAAUGCUAUUAUUGAAUUGAUUCGUACUUCUAAAUUUCCAGUCUUGAAAAAUGAUGGUAUUAUUGCUUUGACGGUGAUGUUAGCUGAUCAUGAUUCAACUUUAUCCAAAGAUAUGUUAGCAGAUACCUUGCCUUUAAUUGCAGCCUCACACCCUAUACCUGUGGAACCAAAUGAAGAAGACAAAGAAAAUGUAGCUCCUUCAGAAGAAGAAACAAGAUCCUUCUUGGCUGUGAUAGUGGAUGAUAUUAGUGAAACAGAAUUACCUAUUGAAAUUCAAUGCAAUGCUUGUAUUCUAUUGGAAAAUGCCAUCAAAGUGUCCCUUGCCGUGAACAACAAUGAUGUAUAUGACACCUUGAAAAAACAAUGUUCACCACUUUCUUACGUAUCCAAUCCAACUUUGGUUCGUUUUAUACAGAAAAUCAAUUUGGUUUUGGAACAAGUCCAAUAAUCGUCUUUAUCUCAUUUGGUUCCUUUUAUGGCCCUCUCUCAAUGCAAAACAUCUUCCAAAAAUGGUAAUAGCUUAGUUUAUAGGAAC